UUUCGAUUUAGUCGUGCUCCGACGCGCGCGAGAUAUCGUCUUGUGUAUUAUUACUUAUAUGUAUACCCACUAGCUGUGCACUGUAUAAGGUACCUCUGCGUGCAAUCGAACGGUUGUCGCUGCAUAACAAUAGGACGCAGCUACAUCCAGUACAAACACCUGUAUAACAGACGCCAAUGUUUAUUGCACACGAGUUUUGCAAAAGCUGAUUGACGGACAACGUGUCUCGUACCCACAACACACACAGCCACUACAGUGUUUAGCAGUAGCAACACCAGAGAGAGAAAGAGCAUUAGAGAGAAGGAGAGAGACGGAAAACGCACGGAUUACCAACAGAGUUGCCCGCGAAAGUAGAUGCUGUCAACGCUGAAGGUUUGAAUUGUUGGUGUGGCAUACAAAACGGAGAGUCGAUUUAAAAUUCAAUUGGACAAAACAGGCAUUAUUUGAGCGAUUGCUAUCAUGAAUAAAGUUUCUCUUGUGUUUGUCUGCUCCCUAUUUUCGCUCAGCAUCGUUACCAUUGUGAACUCGUAUGAAUCGAGAUGCGAAGAUGAUAUGGUUUGUAAGCGAAUAACGGAGUGUGGAAAUCAUAUCAAGCACAUUAAGAGGCUACACCUUACAAGUGGCAUUCAGCAUCGUAACCUUUUGUUGGGACCUAUCCAGCGAUUGACUUGUGGUUUCGAAGGGAAGAUACCAAAAAUUUGUUGUCCCUCAAACGACGAGCAUGAUGUGUUUGAAGAAAGCAGGGCUAAAACAAAUUUGAAAAACCGAUCUGUCCAAGGUGGAUGUGGUAACUUUUUGUGGAACAGAAAUCUUCCUCGGGACGGUGGUGCCACUGACAUAUUUGAGUUUCCGUGGCUAGCUCUUUUGCAGUACAAAAGUCCUUCAGGUAUGAAAAUCGGUUGCGGAGGUGUGCUGAUAAGCGAUCGCCACGUUUUAACCGCAGCCCACUGUAUACAUCCCCCUCAAAACAUGAAACUUACCAGCGUGAGAUUGGGCGAGUAUGACUUGGGGACCGAUCGCGACUGCAUCGACGACGACCCCAAGGAAUCCCCGAACCGCUUCUGCAACGACAAGCCACUCGAGCUGGGAAUUGACGCCGCAAUCAUUCACGAAGGCUACGAUCCCUUGAGGGGCCCUUCAGACUUCAAUCCGUUGUCGUACGACAUCGCCCUUUUGCGCCUCGAUCGGCCCGUCGAGUUUUCCGAUUUCGUCCGGCCCGUAUGUCUGCCCGACCGAAAAUUCGCCGAUGAAGGGAAGUACUUGGCGUCAGGCUGGGGCGCCCUGCCAAGCCUAGAUCGCCCCAUGUUCAACCUCAAGCGAGUUUUUAGAGUGAAUUUCACCAACAGAAGCGCCUGCAACGCGAUUUACAGACGAUCCCUGCAGCGGGACGUUGUGUGCGCCGCUGCCAAGAAGAAUAAUUUGAAUUGCAUCGGGGAUUCCGGGGGACCGCUCAUGGCUGUGGACAGCCAGUCCAGAAUGACGGUCGUGGGGGUGUAUGCGCCUGCAGGCGAUGGCUCCUGUCGGACGAAAUACAUUCCAAACACCUACACGGACGUGAGGCAGUACAUGGAUUGGAUAUUGUCGAAGAUGUGAUAACGAUGAUAAUUCAAGUUGUUUUUGGGUUUUACCCCCCUCCCUUUUUUUGUGCUUUUAACCAUUUCUGAAGAUUACACGCUAUGCAUUGCAAAAAUAAAUUGUUUUACUUUGUUUUUUUGACGUGAUACUUUUUAUUGUAACCAAGGCUUUUCUUUAUUUAUUUCUUGAUUUAUUGUAUAAGUUUAUGUGUAACAAAUUGAGUGUUUAUCUAUGCACGAAAAAUAAUCUUUGUUAGUUAAUAAGAUUUUAUUAAAAUAGUUAUACCACUUAUGUUUAUUGAAUGAACUAAAUUAGAAACACCUGAAAUGAUCGUAUACGUUUUGAACUAAUUGUUUAUCGAUUAAUUUAUGUAAUUCUUUAUGUAUCGAAUAAAAUACAGAUGAAAA